GAAUUUUAGAUUCUAUUUGCCUUUUGCCACAGUAAGUUUUCAUUCACCAAUCAACGUGUAGUAUCAGAUUCCCACCAAAACACCAAACUAAAUUUCCUGUAUAAAUGAUAUGCCCCAUCACAUUAUAAACUCCAAAUUCAUAUUCCAUUUCUCACAAACAAAAACAAGAGAGAACCAUGAAAUUCCUCACAUACAUAAUAAUUACCAAUCUCUUUCUUUCUCGAUACGCGAACGGUUCGGACCUUAUCGUUCGAUCUUGCAGAGAAGCCUCCAAGAAUGACCCGAAUUUGGGCUAUGAUUUCUGUGUUACAUCCCUUAAUGAAGCUGCUUGCAAGAACAAAUUGCACCCCAAAAAACUAGAAGACCUUGUGAACAUGUCAAUUCAACUAACCAAGUCCAAUGGAACAAACAUCAUUUCCAUAAUUUCACAUGACUUGCAAAAUCAAACUCAUAGUGAAUAUGUGAAGGGUUGUUUACGCGAUUGUCUCGAUCUUUACAAUGAUUCACUUUCGUUUUUAGAUAAUGCUAUGGUUGCUUUCAAUACGUCGAAGGAUUUGGACACAGCCAAUAUCAACGUGAGUGCCGCCUUGGAUGAUUCCGUUACAUGUGAAGAUCAGUUCAAAGAAAGGAAAGAGGAGAAUGAAACUUCUCCUUUAACAGAAGAGAAUCAUGUUUACUUUCAACUCAAUGUAAUAUCUCUAUCUUUCAUCCAAAUGAUUCGUCAACGUUACUAGCUAGCAACACUCUUGAGAAGAAGCAUAUACGUGUAUGUUGGUAUUAUACAUAUACUUCUUUAUUUGUAAGAAGAUUGUAUUGAUAUUGAAAUUGUAAGUGUGAUGUUUUUCAUAUGAAUGAAUUAUCUUUUUUAAAUUGAUUA